AGCGGGAUGCAGGCAGCAGUCCAGGCAGGGAUGCAGGCAGCGGUGCAGGCAGGGAUGCAGGCAGCAGUGCAGGCAGGGAUGCAAGCAGCGGGAUGCAGGCAGGGAUGCAGGCAGCGGUGCAGGCAGGGAUGCAGGCAGCACUGCAGGCAGGGAUGCAGGCAGCGGUGCAGGCAUCACUGGCUGGGCUGGGUGAAGGCCGUGAGGGCAGCACAGGAGCUAAUCACGGGAUUGACGGGCUGGAUUUCCUCGCCUGGAACAUCCCGGGCUAAUUCUGGGAGCAGCUUCGUCUGAGCUGAGCCGGAUGCUCAGAGAGAGCCACUGUCAUCUCCAGGGACCCUCUGCAUGUCCCUGAUCCCAGGCACUGUGCUGUGGCUCCCUGGGGUGGCACAAUGGUGGGGGGACAGUGCAGGAUGUGCUGGUGGCCCCCGGUGCUGCUGCCCCGCCAAGCACAGCAGCCUGGACCAGCCGAGGGGAUGGUGGGGUUGCUGCUGCUGGUGAAGCUGUGGGGUGCAGGUGCUUGGGGGGUGACAGCCACAGCCCCACAGCCAGUUAGGGGUGAUGCCUCGUGGCUGUGCAGCGAGGCUGGUUCCCAGCGCGGGGUCGGGGUUCAGCGGGGGGCACAGAUGGAUCAUCUCUGCUUUGCUUCUGCCUCUGGCCCACGUGUGGCGGGGGCAGGAUUAGAGUGAGGGGCUGGGGGAUGGAUGUGGGGCAGCAGGAGACAGAUGGGGCUGCGGGCCCGGCCCUGCUGUUGGCCCCGUUCCCACCCUCCUGCCUGCGACAGGCUGGGGGCAAACCCUCAUUGUGCCCUGCCUGUGCUUGCAGCCCUCCCCAUGCAGUUGCGCUCCUCCCUGGUCAGCAGGCAGUGGGGUGCAGCCCCCAGACAUCAGCACCCCCUCCCCUGCAGCAGCAGUGCAAGGGGUUGAGCCCCAAACACCAUUAACUUGCCAUGGAUUUUAGCAGGACCCCAGGCACCCCCAUCCCCUCUCCGUGGGGACAGCCGUGCUUGUCCCUGGGAGCCCCACAGGUCACGUUUCUCCAUGGCUCCGGUGCCACUUGCAUGUGCCAGCGUGGAGGGGGCUGCACUGUCUCAUCCCUUUACCCAAACCAUUAAGCUGCCAUCAGAAAUAGCCCCCUGUAAUCUGCUUGUGCAGAGACACGGGAGACCUGGCCGGAGAAGCAAAUCCCUGGGCAGGGGAUUAGGAAGAAGCGGCUCCUGCCCUGUCCAUGCCAAGACACACACUUUGUGUCCUUGGGGUGCCCGGGGGGUGCCCGGUGAGCUGGCUGGGUCCCUGCCCUCACACUGCCGUCACCAGGAAAAACUCUGGUGCGAGGAGGGAGAGGCCGGGUCUGAGGUCGCCUGGCUCCGGCCCCAGCUCCAGGAGGGUCCCAGUGGUUAUGGCAGGAUGUGGUUUGGGGUCAGGAUCCUGGUGGGUGGGAGUCCAUUAGGAAAAUAACAGCAUAGUGAACUGCUACGGGGCAGCCCCAGCCUCAUCGAUUCGUUGAUUAGUUUGGUACUAAUGAGGAGCCACACUGGGGCAGGCAAUGGGUGCAGGCAGCGCACCGUGGUGCUGCAGCGUGGGGUGCUCAGCGCACCCCGCCGCCCUCCCGCCUGUGAGGCUUGUGCUACGUGCCAGCCAGCUCCUCCAUAAUUCAGCACAGCAUCAUUUAUUCAGUUCUCCUGCUUCGGCGCUGCCUCUGCACAAGUGUGGUUAUGAGGGAUGCCAGCCAGGGACCGUGGGGCAGCAUGGACAGGGCAUGGGGGGCCAGAUUUGUGCCAGCCCAUGCUCAGAGCAUGGGGGUGCUGAGUGGGGCAGGUUGGAGUGGGUUGGGAAAGCCCUUUCCCAGCUCACAGACCUGGCACGUCCCAGCAUUGCGCUGGACACUCGAACGUGCAGGAUUUGCAGUGAGCUGUGUUGGUGACAAUGGGGGGACCCAGGCCUGGGGAUGGGCUUGGGAUGAAGAGUAAGGCUGGUCAGGAAGAGGACAGGGAGCUUUGGCGAAGGCUGUCCUGUGGUGUGACAUGAUGUGACCAUCACGGGGACCCCAGCCCUGCACACUAGCUGGGUUUAGCGUGAAGGACCUGAACCUCUCUUUGUUCCUCUGAAGGAACAGAAACUGUUUGUGCAGCUGGGAUCAGCCUUACAAAGCUGCUACUUGGGCAUCAGUGACCCCCAAGUGUCCCCUCUAAGCAGCUGGUGCUCAGCACCAUCCAUGGGGACUCUUGUGUCCAUGGGCUGGGAGGCUGAGCAGGACUGUCCUGAUGAGUCCCCAGGGCGCCCCAAUAUAGGGAGUCUGGUCCUGGGGUACGUAAUGGGGUGCAUGUCUAUAGGGUGCCCUAAGGGAGCCUGGUCCUGGGGUGCUUGUUGUCCCCAUGUCCCCAAGGUGCCCGGGGCAUUGUGCAGCCGCAGCGAGCCGAUCCCCGCCGCGGCGGAGAGGGUGGAGCGGAUAGCCCCCGGUCCCCUCCCGGCCCCCCCCGGCCCCUCCGCCCCCGCCCCGCUCCCGCCCGGCACCGCCCCCGGCCCAGGCAGGUGCGCUCGGCCGGAGCGACCCUAUAAAUAGGGGCGGGAGCGGCCGGCUGGGCUGGUCGCGGUGGGCUCGGCUUAGCUGGGCUUGGCUCCGCACCAUGGAGAUCUGGAGCAGCCCCGCCGCCUACGACGAGCUGAACGGGAACGCGGAGCCGGGGGGUGGCGGCGCCGACCCCAUCGCCCGGGAGCUGGAGGAAGUCUUGUGCGCUGAACGGGUGGCCCGGAUCACCAAGACCUACCAUGACAUUGAUGCAGUCACCAACCUGCUGGAUGAGAAGGAGCGGGACCUGGAGCUGGCAGCGCGCAUCGGGCAGUCCCUGCUGAAGCAGAACCGGAGCCUGACCGAGCGCAACGAGCUCCUGGAGGAGCAGCUGGAGUUGGCCAAAGAGGAGAUCGCCCAGCUGCGCCAUGAGGUCUCCAUGCGGGACGACCUGCUCCACUUCUACACCACCACGACGGAGGAGAGCGAGCCCACCUCCGCCACCUCCACGCCGCUGCGCCGGCAUGAGUCCUCGCUGUCCCUGCACCAGUACUUCCAGUAUGACACCUUGCAGCAGAAACUCAGGUGUCUGGAGGAGGAGAACCAGAAGCUUCGCAUGGAGGCCACUAACAUCACAACCGAGACAUCUCAGUAUGAGGACCAGGAGCAGCAGCUGAUGAUCGACUGUGUGGAGCAGUUCUCCGAAGCGAGCCAGCAGGUCGUUUACCUCUCGGACGAGCUGGCGCGCAAGGCGGAGGACGCGGCGCGGCAGCAGGAGGAGAUCAGCCAGCUCCUGGCGCAGGUGGCCGACCUGCAGCACAAGUGCCGCGCGUAUGGCUCGGAGGUGGAGGAGCUCCAGCAGCACCUGGCCGUGGCCAAGGAGGUGCAGCAGCAGCUCCGGACAGAGCUGCGGGACCUGCAGGAGAAGUACGCGGAGUGCGGGGGGAUGCUGCAGGAAGCCCAGGAGGAGGUGAAGAGCCUGCGCAGCCGCAGCCUGCCCAACAGCACCGUCAGCCGCUACGCUGCCCCCAGCCUCCUGCCCGUGGACUCACUGGCAGCUGAGAUCAAGGGGACGAUGAGGAAAGGGACAGACAGCUCCUCCUCGGACUACAAGAGCUAUCGGCGUGUCUUUGAGACGGUGAAAGCAGUGAACCAGGUGGCCAAAGCCAAGUCUUGCUCUGAGUCUCCCCACAACACACCGGGCUCCAAGCAGUUGUCGGCUGCUCCUUCUGGGGGGGCCAACACCCCCCACACCGGCUGCUCUGGCUCAGAGAGCACCCACGGUGAGGGGACCCGAGAGGAGCCCCGGGCGGCCCCGGGCCGGCAGGACCUGGAGGCAGCGGUGCAGCGGCUGUCAGCGCGGCAGCAGAGCCACGGCUCGCAGGAGCGCUCCUUCUUCGAGGCGGAGCGGGAGCACAAGCUUUGGCAGCUGAGGGAUGGAGAGAGCUCCAGCGGCUUCCUCACCCCCAAUGAGAGCAUCGUCUCCACCGGAACACACUACUCGGGGGGCUCAGAGCUCACCACUGGCUCCGGCUUCUCCCUUGGCUCCCUCACCUACUUGCCUGACAAGCUGCAGAUCGUGAAGCCCCUGGAAGGCUCUGUGACGCUCCACCACUGGCAGCAGCUGGCACGGCCCAACCUGGGUGGGAUCCUGGUGCCCCGUCCUGGGGUGCUCACCAAAGACUUCAGGCAGCUAGACAUUGACCUGGAGGAGGUCUACAACCUCAACGACCUGGAGGAGGAUGAUGUGGAUGCCAGCUCCUUCCAGCUGCUCCCUACCUCAACACCCACCAAAGCCAAGGAGCGCCCUGGGGUGUUCCUCUCUGUUAACAACCUCCCCCAGACCCCGUCUACCUUCACCAUCACCACCUGCCACAUCCUCCACCCCACCACCGCUCUCACCACGGUGACACCCAGUCUAUAUAACACCGUCGUGCCUUCUUGUGGGCCCCUUGAGGGGCUGAGCAGCUGCAGCCCCUCGCUGGAACCGUCUUCCCCUGUGUCAGCACCUGGCCCCGGACGCCCUGACACCCCCAUGGGACUCAUCAGACUUUUGCUGGUGCGGGGCAUCUCUGCCUCUGUGCCAGGGACUGGGUUGUGUUGGAACCCCCCCCACCCUUCCCAGUUCCCCCAGCAUGUUGACACACGACCCUUCCCCGUGCUGGGGGGGCAGGACAGACCCCAGCAUCACAGCAGCAUCUUCAGCUUGAACCUGGUGGACAAACUGCGGCGCCUGGGGCUGGACAAGGUGGUGGCCAGAGGAGAGAUGUCCUAUGCCCGGGGAGAGCGCCGGGGAGCCCGGGGUGCGCUGACGUGAUGGGCCUGUGGAGCCUAUGAGCGUGGGACAAGACGCAUCCUCCAUCCUCUUCAUCACCUGCCCGUGGGCAAUGGGACAGCUGCAGGGACAUGAACCCGCAGUGCUACUCGGUUCUGGAGCGGCGCUCCCUGGUCCCCCAUUAUGCUGCGUGAGGUGAUGCUGUGGGGGAACAGACCCUUCACACGAGCUGGUUGUUGGCAAUAAAAACUGUUCCUGCUUCUGCUGAGCCUGGGAGAGGAGUGAGGGGCAGCUCAGCCCUUCAGGGGCUGCUGCAGCAAAGGGCGAUGCUCAGCCUGGGCAGGGGUGGUCCUGAGGGGACCCUGGGCUGAAUUCUAAAGGGAACAGUGGUUUUAAACUCUUUCCUGCCCGUUGAAUAGCAGCAGAUGCCCAGCUUGGGGGAUGCCUGUAGAAAGUAUUUCUCAGGGUGUAGCUGUUGCUCCCCCCAGCUGUGUCCCUCACCCCAGGCUGUGCCCUGUCCCUUGUUGAAUAAAUGUGAAGUCACCAAGCA